AUGAAACAAGGAACAACCGAAAACUUGAUGCAUUUCAAGGAACGAUUCUUGAGACAGGCUGAAGUCCUGCAAGAUCUAUAUGGCGUUGCCUGGUUCCAAAAUUUUGCAGUCAAGACAAAAGCGUAUGCUGCUAUUGCUAGCACCGAUACUACUGCUAAAGACAAGUUCAAGGAUGAUAUCUUUGAAGCAACAAACUACUGCAGGGAAGUGGAUUAUUAUCCAAAGACGGUCAGCAAAGCACACGAUAUGUUGAAGAUUCACAUGGAUGUGAUCAAGAAUCCGGGAGUGAACCUAUACCAAGGAAAAGACCAACCAAAUAAAGGUAAAGGUAAAGGUAAAGGAAAGGGUAAACCGAAGGACGAAAAGAAAAAGGCAGCAUGUUAUGUACGUGGCAAAGAGGACAAUAUGUCUCCAAAAUGCCCAGACAGACUGCUACCAGAGAUUCAAUGGAAGCAUCCGAAACACUAUGUUGAUUACGGGAAGAAGCUCAAUCUUAAUCAGAUUGGAGCAACUGUCCCAACUACAGCUACAGUUCUUGGAACUUCUCCAGCAACAAGUGUGGCUGGUACUACAGGUAAUCAAAUAAUGCAAGUUCCUUCGGGAAUGCAGCUCAUGCAGAUUCCAACUCAAGGUCGCGGCACUGUUACUGUCCCUUAUUCUAUGAAUGCUAACAAUGAGAUUGCGUUCAGUGGAAUGCAACUCAGCCAACAAGGCUUCAGUGGUGCUCAAGUGCGCCAAGGAUCCGAUGCAACUCAAGCUCAAACUCCGCAAGUUGUGAAGACUGGCUAUUUUGAUACGUCAAAUGUCUUUAACAAUGCUAUCAAGCGAAAGGAUGAGAAUGGCAAUGAUGUCUAUCCUAUUCCAUGUCCUACCGGAAUGACUAACGUCGAACUUCAAUCCGACUGGCACUAUGCUAAUAAAAGUGAAGACUUGCCAGAUCUUGCUACUGAAAAGCCGCAGAAUCGAAAGAGAUCCGUUUGGUUUGCUUGA